AUGAUAUUGUUUGAAACAAAGAUAUCGUUGCGAUGACAACGAAUAACAACAAGGAUGACGUCGAUCUGGAUCACGUGAUACCUCGCCGUUGCAGAAAGUGUCAAGGGCAGAACGUCGCUGUGACGUCAGGAUACUUAGUGGGAGCGGGAAUGGCGGAAUAUUGGGGGAAGCUGUAAAUGAAACCAAUGCUUAUAACAUGUAGUGGUACCGGUGGUGGGUAUAAGCUCAAUUGACAACAAGAGUUACGAAAGGAAAACCAGUGUAUCAUCUACUUUGUUGGACGUGGAUGAAGCAUUGAUUGACAGAUCCGUUGAAAUGAGUAACUACGAAUACCAGGAAGCGCAAGACGAGGUUCAUCUUUUUAUGAACAAAGUAAUAAUUAAGGGUAUUCACGGGAGUAUGUUUGACGUCAGUGGUGAUGGAAGCGGUGACGUCAGUGGUGAUGAAAGCGAUGACGUCAGUGGGGAUGAAAGCGGUGACGUCAGUGGAGAUGGAAGUGGUGACGUCAGUGGAGAUGGAAGCGGUGACGUCAGUGGAGAUGGAAGUGGUGACGUCAGUGGGGAUGGAAAUGGUGACAUCAGUGGAUAUGGUAGCGGUGACGUCAGUGGAGAUGGAAGCGGUGACGUCAGUGGAGAUGGAAGCGGUGACGUCAGUGGAGAUGGAAGCGGUGACGUCAGUGGAGAUGGUAGCGGUGACGUCAGUGGAAAUGGAAGCGGUGACGUCAGUGGAUAUGGAAGCGGUGACGUCAGUGGAGAUGGUAGCGGUGACGUCAGUGGUGAUGGGAGCGGUGACGUCAGUGGAGAUGGGAGCGGUGACGUCAGUGGAGAUGGAAGUGGUGACGUCAGUGGAGAUGGAAGUGGUGACUUCACAAAAAUCAAGUUUGAAACGGGUUUUUACAGCGCUGCCUCAUCGGAGUUACCACUUAGUUUAAACCAAAGAAACAAGUAUAAGGAAAUUAAGAAGUUCAUCAGAGGAUUAGAUCUUUAAAUACACAACUGUUUAUAAGGCGACAUCGUAUAGUAAUAUAAGUGAUUAGUAUUUAGCAAAUAUACCGUUUAUUAGUAACUGUUAUAC